CGUGCCCACGACAACGCUCUGAAGCAAAAACGCAGAUGUCCGUUUUUCCCCUCCACAAUUUAUCUGCGUUUAUCUGCGUUCUCACGAGCGUUUUGGGGGUGGAUAUCUGUCUAUCCAUGGGAACAGGGAAAACGUAUAAAACUCAUAAUACUCGCAGUUUGCCGAUGAAGUAAGCACGCCCCGGACGUAGGUGGCAGUAGCAACAAUACCAAAUGCCUGUUUUGUGGCUACUUCCUCCGCGUCAGUUAGAAGAAAAUGGCGAAGCGCGGCGGCAAUAACAGUACGCCUAGUUCAAACUUUGUUUGGACAGAUGAGGAGGUCCAGUUGCUGCUAAACACAACUUUAAACUACAAAGCCAGGAAGGCAGUGGAUAAUGUUGAUUGGGAGAGUGUCCAAAACAAAUAUACUGAAAUAUGGGAGUCGUUCAUGGAGAACUACCCACUAAACGACCCAAAGUACCCUCAUGCUAAGGACCAGGUUAGCAAAGGUCAUGUUGCAACCAAAAUUAAAGCCGUGCGCAUAAAAUAUAGGCAUGCUGUGGACACCCAGAGCCGUAGUGGGCACGGGAGGGUGGUGUCUUUGUUUUUCGAGCUAUGUGAUGAAAUUUGGGGUACCACCCCUGCCUCCACAACAGUAGAGCAUGGCCUCGAAACGGCAGACGUAAAUGAUGGGGCAGCAGAGCUGGGCGGUGUAGAACUAGCAGAAGCAGAAGAAUCGGUGCAGGAGGACAGCUCAUCUUCGGAGCCGGGCGGAGAAACUCUUUCGAGGAGGAGACACUUACUUCAGGCCAAACUCAACAGCUACAAGACAAGCAGGCUUCAGAAGAAAGUGCGGAGCGAUGAACACCAUGAAGCCCUCCAAAUUAAAAAGAGGAUUGCCGACAUCAUGGAGAAUUCGGAAAGGGAACACAGUUCCAGAAUGGAUGCAUUAGUGACUGCCCAAACCAGGAUGAGCCAGUCUUUUGAAACUCUUGUGAGACAUUUCACCUCACCCUCAUACAGACCAAACAUGGCUUUCUCACACAACGCGCCCACAUACCUACAGCCCAUGGCCUCCUCAAGCUACUUACCACCUGCCAUGCCCUCCUCCCACCAAUACAUACCACAAGAACCACACAUGCCCUCCUAUAACCCAUACAUGCCACCACCAGAACCAGCUAGAGCCUCAUGCCAGUCAGACACGGCACCACCAGCACCAUGUACACAGACACGAUACAUGGCCACCUCGCACACCUCACCUCACUCGCACACCUCACCUCACUCGCACACCUCACCUCACUCGCACACCUCACCUCACUCGCACACCUCACCUCACUCGCACACCUCACCUCACUCGCACACCUCACCCAUGGCCUCCUUAAGCACAUAUGUGCCCCCCUCCCACCCAUUCAUGACACCAGAAUCACCCAUGCCCUCCUCUCACCAAUACUUACCACAACCACCCAGGGCCGCCUCCUACACAGACCAGCUGCUUUCAGAAAGCACUGAUGAAGAAGACCAGGUUGAUCUUCUUUCAUUGUAAGUAGCCUAGCCGUGCUUACAUACUGUCAAAUGACUUGUUCAACGUUGUUGCCGUUGAUGCUACCUCAUGUGGCUAUGCAGGCCGAUU